AUGACGAUGUACCGGCCUUAUCGACCAACACUUCAUCCACCAUCACCGUUUGCAGCUCUGAGAGGUUCUACUUCUAUCAGCAAUGGCCUCCUCCAAACCUCUCUUAUCAUCACCACUCCCUCUGUCCCCACUCAGAUCCCACGCACCGCUGCCCCUAAACUGAAACCCCCUACUGUUCUGCAGGAGUUUGUGAACCAUAGCGGGGUUAUCUUCAAAGUGUACGUCGUCGGGAAGUAUGUGAAAUGCGUUAAACGGAAAUCGUUGUCGGAUAUUGUAGAAGAGAAAUUGGAGAGUUUGCAUGGUUCUUUAUCAUUCUCUCAGGUUUCUAACCUGACUUCACAUGACAGAAACGAUGAUAAGUACUAUAAGAGGAUGGAUUUGGAAGAUGCAGAGAUGUCACUGAUGAGUCUAAUAACCAACAUUGCUCGUGGAUUGCGCAAGGCAAUGAAACCUCGCCUCUUCAAUUUCGAUGUCAUCAGGGAUACAAAAGUUGGGAACAGAUACCUUGUUAUUGACAUCAACUACUUCCCUGGAUACGCGAAGAUGCCUGGUUAUGAAUCUGUUCUUACUGAUUUCUUCUGGGAUGUGUUGAACAAGAAAUAA